AAAUGGGAAAACCCUGAGCCGUGAGAUUUUCGCUGCUUGCUUCACUGACUGGAGUAAAGCAGGGUUACGACAGUCGACGGCAGAGCGAGGGAAGGACGCGCAACCCUGGAGUUUUAAACAGGAGACGUUAGUUGCUGGAGUUUUUCCCCUUCUGAAAAGGACGCUAUGAGCUGGGGAACGGAUCUUUGGGACCAGUUCGAAAAUCUGGACAAGCACACCCAGUGGGGCAUCGAUUUCCUAGAACGCUAUGCAAAAUUCGUGAAGGAGCGACUGGAGAUCGAGCAGGCGUAUGCAAAGCAGUUACGGAGUCUGGUUAAGAAACACUGCCCCAAGCGCUCCAAAGAUGAUGAACCAAGGUUUACUUCCUGUCUGUCAUUCUACUCUAUAUUGAACGAGUUAAAUGACUACGCAGGUCAGCGGGAGGUUGUCGCAGAGGAGAUGGGACAUAAAGUGUAUGGGGAGCUGAUGAGAUACUCACAAGACCUGAAGGCAGAGAGGAAACAUCACCUCCAGGAGGGAAGAAAGGCCCAGCAGUUUUUAGACCAGUGCUGGAAACACAUGGACAAUAGUAAAAAGAAGUUUGAACGAGAAUGCAGAGAGGCAGAGAAAUCACAGAUGAUGUACGAGAGGUUAGACAGUGACAUUAACGCCACAAAGUCAGAGGUGGAAAAGGCAAAGUCCCAGCUGUAUCUAAGACAACACAUGGCGGAGGAGAGCAAGAACGAGUAUGCGGCCCAGUUGCAAAACUUCAACAGUGAGCAGUGGAAGCACUUUAACGUCUCCAUCCCUCAGAUAUUCAAGAAUCUGCAGGACAUGGAUGAACGUCGUACAGUCAAGCUGGGGGAGACGUACCGAAGUUUUGCUGAGGUGGAACGAAGAGUCAUUCCCAUAAUCUCGAAAUGCUUGGAGGGCAUGGUGACCGCCGCCAAGAAUGUGGACGAGCGUAAGGAUUCUGCAAUUGUAGUGGAGUCAUUUAAAUCAGGAUUUGAGCCGCCUGGUGAGUUCCCAUUUGAAGACUUCAGUCAGAAUAUUCAGCGAACGGGAUCAGACAGCACCAUUGGGACGCCCAAAAAUGAUGGAGGCAAACCAGACCCCAAACAACAUGCUAUCGGCAGAACCAAAAACAAGCUUUGGCUCUUUGGAAAGAAACCCAAGAUUCCCCCAACCAAUCCUCCCCCUCCCCGCCCAAGUCCCUCUGGCAAUUUCCAGUCUCCUAAAUUCCCUACUGAGCGGAUAACAAACCGCCUCUCUGAAAUGAGAAUCCCAAAAUCUAAGAUCCCGUCCUUCCGGACUGUCAGACGAGGGGCACCUACACUAGAGGAUCUGAGCCACCUUCCUCCUGAACAGAGACGCAAGAAACUGCAGCAAAGAAUCGAUGAGCUAAACAAAGAACUGCAGAAAGAAAUGGACCAAAGAGAUGCUCUCAACAAAAUGAAGGACGUCUACGAGAAGAAUCCACAGAUGGGCGAUCCCGGGAGCCUCCAGCCCAAGAUUUCGGAGACCAUAUGCAACAUGGAGAAACUCCGAUCUGAGAUUCAUAAAAAUGAGACUUGGCUAGCAGAGGUAGAAGGGAAGCAUGGUUCCCGCGGUGAGCGGCGGUCCAGUGCGGAUGUGAACCAUCACGCUCCUCACGGCAGAGAAAGUCCUGAAGGCAGUUAUACAGACGAUCAGAACCAAGAGCAUCGGUCUCCACCUCAGCCUGAUCCACAUGAGUUUGAUGAUGAAUUUGAUGAUGAUGACCCUCUUCCUGCUGUCGGCCACUGCAAAGCUCUUUACUCCUUUGAUGGCUCAAACGAGGGAACAUUGGUAAUAAAAGAGAACGAGGUGAUGUACGUCAUAGAGGAAGACAAAGGUGACGGAUGGACGCGAGUUCGAAAACAGGGCGGAGAGGAGGGAUACGUCCCGACGUCGUACGUGGAGAUCACACUGGAGAAAAACAGCAAAGGUUCCUGAUUGGAUGAAUGGGGUUCUGUGGUGUUUGGUGGAUGGGACUCACUGCUGUGGGUCUGUUUGUGGGGCGGUGGGGGGACUUUAAGAUUUUGAGAGCUGUGCUGGGGCAGGAUGCAUGUUUGCAUGCUGUUUGUGUCAUGGCCAUUAACAUCAUUCCAUUACAGCAGACCUUUCAGGAAUAACAGGGUGUGCAGGGUGGGGGUCACAACUGGGGACGGGGAGAGACGCCUGUGAGCAAUAAGGUGACGUUAGAUACCCGAAGCACUAACAUUUGCGCCUUUUCAUCGUCUGUGUGUUCAUUCUACCAAGUACCUGCAUGAUCCAUAGCUCUUCAUCUGACCGAUUUGUCCCGUAAUAGGAUUUAACCACUUAGUUGCCUCUAAUAAUACCUUGUUUGUGUAUGUCUUUAAAUGUCCUCAUUGAUGCAUUCCGUCAUGAAUGUUAUGUUAACCAAACGCAUGACCAAUCAGAGUAGAGGAAGCAUGGGACCAAGCUACAGUUCCCACAGCAACAUGCACCCAAUUGCCCCGCCCCUGCAUAGCCUGAUGGACAGAUGGAGCAUGAUGCAGUUGAACUCUCCUUGACCAGCAGAGGGAGCCAAACACCAUACAAAACAAGCAGAGAGACACGAAACGAGGACCACCAACAUCAUUCCAGCACAUACCAGCAUCUCUGCCUUAAUUUCAGACCUCUGUAUGGUAACACGAUGCCUACAGGGGUGUAAAUAUAUAUAUAUAUAGUAUAGAUAUAUAUAUGUUCUGCCCUUCUAUGCCCAAAAUUCACUGUGUUGGGCUGCCAGCUCUCUUGUGGUGGUUUCUGCAUUAUCCUCACCAGCUCCUGCUAUUGUGCUAGAAGAUCAUGCUUUGGCCCCAUCACCGCCUCCCAGCAUGGGACCACAUGUCUCCAAACUCCGAUGUAUUUGUGAAUGUGAUUCCUGCAUAUCAAACUGUGUAUGCAUAUGGAUGCAUUUAUGCAUAUGUAGAUACCUAGUUAGUUUUUAUCCUUAAACUGUAUGUAUUAACAUGAAUGAAUGAAUGAGGUUUUAAUGGGGGGUUAACCAAGCGAGUGACUUACAGCGUGCGCUUGUGUCGUGACGAUAUCUCUUUGUAACCAGUUCUUCUUGUUCGAACCCUAUUCUCAGUGGGGCCAUGGUCUUAUCAAUGCACUUUUUUACCCUGUUGCAUUUGAAUUGAAACAUUAGUGCGCGAGUGACGUCGGAUGCGAAUGCUGCCUUGUUUGAAUGUGUUGUACAGUAGGACCACUGUAUGCUGGGGUUUGUGUUGGAGCAAGAGAAAUAAAAGCUUAUGUUUGUUUGUCUUA